CCGGGGUCAGUCUGUUUAAUUGAAACUUCUAAUAACGUCACACGGAGCUCGCUGAUUGGUGGAAUUGCUAAUAAAAAGGCACGGAGGCUUGCUAGUUGGUCAUUUGAGUGAUACGAGUCACUUGGGAAGAAUCUCCCGAACAAGAAUCGUCCAGAAUGAAGACCAGUUAUUUUGUCUUGGUACUUCUACUGACCUUGACUUUAUCGUCUGAAUACGUGGAUGGCCAGUUGCUGUGUCAUAUAACGGGAUCGUGCAAUGGAAAGAGGGCAGAGGGCGCCGUGAUCCAAAAGGCAGAUCCAAGACCGGAUUUCAGUUCACAACGUCUGGAUCUGAACGGAGAUGGUGUUGUUACUCAGUAUGAGUUGUUAAACACAUUUAAAAAAAUGGAUGAUUCGAGACGCCACGACGGAGCUAAAAAUGAAGCCAAGCCCAUAGACAAUGCAAAUGCAGCUGAACAUGACGACGACACGACAUACUCCGAUGUCUUUAGCCUAUGGAAUUUGUUUGAAAAAAUACAAGAAACUAGACCCACAGACAAUAAAGAUACAGCUGAACAUAAUGACGUCACGACAUACCCCGAGGUCGGUGACCUGUGGGACAUGUUUGAAGAACUACAAGAAGCCAGUCUCACAGACAAUAAAGAUACAGCUGAACAUUAUGACGUCACGCCAUGACCUGGGUCGUACCUGUAAUAACAAAACAUAACCAACACGUCAGGGUGUAGUGGUCUUGGAUAAUUAAAAUGUUUUAAAAAGUA